AUGGGUCUGAAGCUGCCUGAGUACAGACUUUGUCUCCUGCUGCUGCUGGGACUUGUCCUAACGCUUGUUUCAUGCCAGCCAUCGACCUCUUCCCAGAAGUUUGACAUCCAGCAUAUCUAUAAGAAAGCCUCUCCCAAAUGUGAUGAUGCAAUGCGGGUCGUUAACAAGUAUACAGGAAAAUGUAAGGACUUGAAUACUUUUCUUCAUACAACUUUUGCUGAUGCUGUCCGUGUGUGUCACAAUCCACCUAAGACUUGCAAAGACGGGAAACGUACAAAUUGUCAUGAUAGUUCAUCUAAGGUAUCUGUAACUAUCUGUAAACUCACAAAAUGGGCAAGGAAGUAUACCCAAUGCAGAUACAAAACAACAGGAGCAAAGAAGUCCUACACAGUUGCCUGUGACCCCAGAACUCCACGGGACAGUCCCAGGUAUCCAGUGGUUCCGGUUCACUUGGAUCGGCUAUUUUAG